AUGGAGAAGUUUAUCAAGGAACAACAGCAGGCGAUUGUCGCGGGCCUCGAGGAACUUGAUGGCCAAAAGUUCCGCACGGAUGAGUGGAAGCGCCCAGGCGGCGGAGGCGGCAUCACAUGUGUACUUCAGGACGGAAACGUCUUCGAGAAGGCCGGCGUGGCCGUGAGCGUUGUCUACGGAACCCUACCUAAACCGGCCAUUGCCUCGAUGAGGGCCAAUCACAAGUCUCUUGCCACGGACGCCGAGUCUCUCGACUUCUUCGCUGCCGGCUUGAGCUUGGUUAUCCAUCCUAAGAAUCCCAUGGCGCCCACGGUGCACCUCAACUACCGGUACUUCGAGACGUGUCGCGAGGAUGGCUCGAGCCAGGCCUGGUGGUUCGGCGGAGGCGAGGAUCUGACACCUUCAUACCUCUUUGAGGAGGACGCCGUGCACUUCCACAAGACCAUCAAGGAUGUCUGCGACAAGCACGACCAGACCUACUACCCGCGCUUCAAGAAGUGGUGCGACGAGUACUUCUACAUCAAACACCGUGGAGAGUCCCGUGGCGUAGGCGGCAUCUUCUUUGACGACCUUGACGAGACUGAAGCAAGCGCCGAAAAGACCUUUGCCUUCAUCCAGGACGGCCUCAAGUCCUUCCUUCCUUCCUAUCUCCCCAUCAUGCAAAAGCGCAAGGAUAUGCCCUUCACCGAGGCCCAGAAGGAAUGGCAGCAGAUCCGCCGGGGUCGCUAUGUCGAGUUCAACCUUGUCCACGAUCGCGGCACAGCCUUCGGCCUCAACACCCCCGGCUCUAGGGUCGAGAGUAUUCUCAUGAGCUUGCCCGUUACGGCGACGUGGAAAUACAUGCACACCCCUGAACCUGGAACGCCUGAGCAAGAUCUCCUCGACGUAUUGAGGAACCCCAAAGAUUGGGUGAAAUAG